AUGCCACAACUAGACACAUCAACGUGACUCACAAUAAUUCUAUCAAUAUUUUUAGUCCUCUUUAUUGUUCUCCAAUUAAAAAUCUCAAAACACGAUUUCUACUAUAACCCAAAAUUAAUAACAACAAAAACGCCAAAACAAGACGCCCCUUGAGAAACAAAAUGAACGAAAAUCUAUUUACCUCUUUCAUUACCCCUGUAA